UUCUAGAACAAGGCCGCGCUUUGAGUUGGUUGAAUUACAGAACAAAAUACGGUUGUUGGAUGCAUGAUGACAGUCUUGCAAGCAUGAUUGUAGAUCAUGCUGUGUCUUAAGCUUCCUUGGACCAAGGAUGUCACAGUGACGUCAUGAUGGAUAUAUACACCUUCGUUGAUGGAGAGUUAUUCAAAUUGAGAUUCGCCAGGUCGCACAGCUCUCUAUUCAGCGAGCACCAAUCCCUGGAUCCAGGGGAAAUGUUCCUGCUGUCCUGUCACUGUAAUUAAGGGUGGAGUGAGAGCUUCUCCCUGAGAGAUCGACGUAAAUUAGCUGAGAGUACAGCGUGACAAAUCGCGGAGAACCCCGCCGGGACUUUGCUAUCGUAAGGCCGGCUUAAUUACUACACGGAUCUGUGCAGCCACGAGAGAGAUAUCCAUACGCGUUGGAACAAUCAACGUUCAAAGUUAACUUACACCCACCAACCCAUGCUACUUGGACUUACAUCUCUGAGGAGUAAACACGAUAAUGAUACCUGAAUAAAUGCUUGAAUCUUGGCGCUCUGUGAGUUAAUUUCGUAGAGUCGUUGUUCAAGGAAAACACAUCUCCAGACAGUAGUCAUUGCUCCAAUUUUGCCACUCGUCCAGGAAAUUGAACCAAGCGUGAUCUUUUGCAGCGAUCGACGCGACCGCAUUGAAAAAAGGGUCAACUUUUUACCAACUCUUUUGUGUCAAAACUUGGAGCGAUACUUUUGACGUUUGGAAAUUUCUGCGUCCUUGAUGGUACACCAGAAGUUUUUUUCUGGAAACGAUCUGUGACUUCUGUUAGACGUUUUCAUCAAACCUUUACCCAUAGAAACGUUCACCUGCUAGCCUUUGACACUCUGCUCUAGUUUCCUAAAGGAAGUAGAAGCAGGUGGAUUUUAGUAUACCGAGCACAAUUCAGAUCGAUUGAGGGUUUUUUCAGCGAUUCCAAUUUUCUGCUAUCCGUAUGAUUGCCCGUCCAAACAGAUUUAUGGAGGUCACCGGCUCAGAGAUGCCGCCCGAUAAUCAAACGGUUAACUACGUUCAAGAUGAUAGCUUGCCCGCACUAGCCAUCGUCAACCUGAUAAUCCAGAUUGUUGGGAUUAUCGGCAACAGCAGCGUAAUCCUAAUCAUCAUCGGAUUUCGAGACAUGAGGAACAUUCCUAAUCUACAGAUCAUGAGCAUGGCAAUCGGCGAUCUAGUUUACCUCGUUAUGAACGUACCUGAUCUGAUUGCUUUUAACUUUUUCAAGGUGUGGCCUUUUGGUGAAGCUUACUGUAAGAUCACCCUGGCUUCUAUUUACAUUUCUCAAGGAAUUUCGGUGCUUACUUUAGCCGCCUUAAGUGCCGAUCGGUAUUACGCUAUCGCUCGCCCUAUGGCUCGUCGUAAGAUCAACGUAACGCGAUACACACUGAUUACAGUCAUUAUGAUUUGGACUUUGUCAUCUUUGUCGAGCAUCCCAGCCUUUGUCCUGGGUCGAUUAGAUCCAUAUUGCCACCUGCCACGUGAAACCAUCCCUUACCGUGUCUUCGUCAUCUUACAGGUUAUCUGUCUCUACAUCCUACCUUUGGGGCUUAUUACAAUGUUCUACGCGCUUACGGCUCACACCCUCUGUCGUGGAAUUGAACGAAUCGGUCACAAAGUUCGUGACGGUAAUGGUAGGCGUGACCCACACUCUAAAGCCCGUCGUCGCUUAGCGUUCAUCAUCCUAGUUGCCGUGUUCUGCUUUGCUGUGUGUUGGCUUCCUUACCACAUCUACACGAUCUGGAUUGAAUUCGAGAUCAAUGCUGAGGUCUUCAUCACACCAUUUAUGCUGGCCUUUAUGGACAUGACGUAUCUACUGGUUUCUCUGGCGUCUUGUCUCAACCCAAUCAUUCUUUACGUCAUGAGCUCCAACUACCGACGUCAUUUCAAGAGAAUGUUUUUCAGUUGGUGUAAAUGUUGUCGAGAUAAGAAUCAACCGCUGGGUCACACUUGGACAUUGUUGUCAGCCUUCAAGACAGCGGUUCCCAACUCUCGAAGAAGCAGUAUGGAGUUCCAGAUGAAGCAAAGUUCAUCUACACUGGUUUCGCAUAGCUAGAUACACAGCCUUGAAACUUGACUUUCAGAACCACAUUGGUCCUCAAGGCUCCAUUAAAUGUCCACAUUCCAUUUCCAAUGUGUUCAUUUUAUAUGUUGAUUGGAUUUGGAACAGUGGACCAGGAACAUCACGUUUGACUCAUAUUAGUAGACCCUCAUGUCGCAACUCUGUCUAUAGGGGCCUACAUGUUGCUACAUGCAGCUCGAAGAAGGUUUAUUUGGGGGAAAAUUCCUCAACUGACUUUCGACUUGAAGUUGAAGCUUUGGGUUAAGGAAGAACAUUUCCCAGUUGCACUAAUUUGCUUAAGAUAUAUCGCCGCACGUUCAUUGCAAUGAACUAACUUAUGUUACGUUUCUUCUUUAAACCGGUGUCUUUUUUUCAAGUUAGAUAUAGAAUACAUUUUUUUAUUUAUGGUAUUUCGAUUGUUUCGACUGAGUGAGCACAGGUCUCAAACAUUGCUUUGCACAUUUUACUCAAGCGUGAAAGCAACUACCAAAAGUACACUCAUAAAGUAGGCUAAAGUCUGCAUCGAUUUCCUUGUAAGGUUAAAUCAAUACCAAACAGCAACUAAUCUCAUUGCACAAACUAUACCUGGAGAUGAACACAAGUGAAUUAUCUUUGUUUUAGAAAUAAAAUGGCGAAGCUUUGUUUGAAAAAGAAAACUAUGAAUGAGAGUCUGUAGAUGGAUAUCUCUGGAUUGAAGGUCAUUUAUGAUUACAAGUCAAAAAGGGUGACUAUUUUGUACCGUGUGUUCGAUCCAACCAAAUUAAAGUUCGUGCUAUGAACUCGAUCGUAUACGAAAUAAAAUGUCUAGGCAUUGCAAUUUCUUUGGAAAGGACUUUUGAAUUUCGUCAAGGAUUUGUCUUGAUCUUUGUUUAUUAGCCUAUUGUUUUGGAGUUUUCACUCAUUUGUUACUUUUUAACUAUUAUUGUUGCAUUCUUAAUUGGUUUACGGCAAAAAAAGUUGAUAUAAAUAAUAAUGUCAAGCAGCUAGUUUUGUAUAAAAAAUUAAUACAACGCAACUGCUGAAAAAAAUAGUCAUAAGUAGAAGUGACAUACUUUGUUAUUUGUAAAGUAAAAUCUUUCUGAAUAUUUUAAGAUACUAACCGAUUUAUGGUGGCAGUGUUGGUAUUAGUAUGGUAGUACUAGAACACCCUAUCAAAAAAAUAUAUAUUUUCACUAAUUGAAUAUCAUUCUGUCCAGCCAGUACUGUAGUUGUCAUUUCAUAAUAGUAUAACUGCUACUAUCAUUGUGAGGCAACUACUAGCUGAAUAUUCUUCUUUUUAUACCUGUCACAAAGCUCAACCCGGUUCAGCAGCACAGCAUAUAUUGACAAUAAUGUGAAUGUCUUGGUGUGAUGCAGCUAGGCAAGAGCCACACACAUUUUGGAGCAGGAUUUUGAAACCAGAAUGUUAUUACGACUAGGUUACAGUUUCUUACCCAACAAUUGGAGACAAACAGUGAACUUUGAGUGCACAAAAAAAAUACGGCAUUGCAAUUUUGCUAUUUUUCAGAUCCACUAAAAUCAAACAAAGACAAGUUCGUCCGAGUGGGGCAAACUCAGUGAAGUCGCGGUCGCUGCUCUUAUCAUCAAUCUCAAUGAAACAGAAUUAAGCAUUUUGGAGUGAUACAAAAAAAAUCUCUCAUCGCAAAACAGCAGUGUUUGCUCCACCUGACUUAAGUUUAAUUUACGAGCAUAAAAUGGUGUAAUAAAAAAAAUUUAGUCAGUGUAUUUAAGCAGUGUAUAUACAGCUCUUUAAUGUUACUAUAAUUUGAAUGUAUAUAAAGAGUAUAAAUGGUGCAUCAACGGUGUGGUAUUACAAAUGAAUCAAAAUGGAAUAUUCCACAAAGUAUUAUACAGAAUAAAAAUUGACCUUUUUGUCUUUUUCAGCCACGAAA